AUGGAGAACACAUCACGAACAUCGUCAAACACCCUACCGCCGGGCUCUUCCUCCUCGGAAGGCCCGCAGUACGCCUCCAUCACCAACAACACAAACACCCACAAGCGCACGCCUUCAAACGCGAGCAACACCAAUCGCCGCGCCUCCAUCGCCUCCAACAUCCUCCACCCGGUGCAGACGAAAGAGACCAUCGACCCGGCCCUCGACGUCAACCUGCCCUACCGCACCCUCUCGCCAAAUGCCAACCUGGACGAGUACCGCGUCGAGACAAAUGACGGCCAGAUCCCCGGGCCCCCCGCCGCCGGCGACGCCUCCGGCGGGCCCGCGAGCAACUACAAGCUCGUCACCUUCACGCCCGGCGACAAGGAGAACCCCAAGAACUGGUCCAAGGCGUACAAGUGGUACUGCACCAUGGUCGUCGCACUGACGUGCUUCGUCGUCGCCUUCUGCUCGUCCGUCAUCACGGCCGACAUCGCCGGCGUCGCGGAGGAGUUCCACGUCUCCGAGGAGGCCGCCCUCGUCAGCAUCACCGUGUUCGUUAUUGGUUUUGGUGUCGGCCCCAUGGCCUUCGCGCCGCUCUCGGAAAUCUACGGCCGCCAGGUCAUCUACGGCUCGACGCUGCUCAUCGCUGUGAUCUUCAUUAUCCCCUGUGCGGUGGCCAAGAACCUCGGCACCCUCAUCGUCUGCCGCGCCAUCGACGGCAUCGCCUUCUCCGCGCCCAUGACGCUCGUCGGCGGCACCCUCGCAGACCUCUGGAGGAACGAGGAGCGCGGCGUCCCCAUGGCAGCCUUCUCCGCCGCCCCCUUCAUCGGCCCAGCCAUUGGUCCCCUCGUAGGCGGCUUCCUCUCCGACGCAGCAGGCUGGCGCUGGCUCUACUGGAUCCAGCUCAUCCUCGCCUUCGUCGUCUGGGUCCUCAUCACCUUCACCGUCCCGGAAACCUACGCGCCCACCAUCCUCGCCCGCCGCGCCGCCAAGCUCCGCAAGUCCACCGCCGACCCCUCCCACGUCACCGAGCAGGACAUCGACAUGCGGCCCCUCUCCGAGCGCCUCGGCAUCUUCCUCAUCCGCCCCUUCCAGCUCCUCUUCCGCGAGCUCAUCGUCUUCCUCAUCUCAAUCUACAUGUCCGUCCUCUACGGCCUGCUCUACAUGUUCUUCGUCGCCUUCCCCAUCAUCUACCAGAAGCGCAAGGGCUACUCCGCCUCCUCCACCGGGCUGAUGUUCAUCCCCCUCGCCGUCGGCGUCCUCCUCUCCGCUGCCUGCUCCCCCUGGGUCAACAAGCACUACCUCACCCUCGUCGCGAAACACAACGGCCACCCCCCCGCCGAGGCCCGCCUCGUGCCCAUGAUGCUCUCCUGCUGGUUCAUCCCCAUGGGCCUCUUCAUCUUCGCCUGGACCUCCUACGCGGACCUGCACUGGGCCGGCCCCGCCUUCGGCGGCUUCCCCGUCGGCUUCGGCUUCAUCUUCCUCUACAACUCCGCCAACAACUACCUCGUCGACUCGUACCAGCACCAGGCCGCCUCCGCGCUCGCCGCCAAGACCUGCAUCCGCUCCUUCUGGGGCGCGGGUGUCGUGCUGUUUACCGAGCAGAUGUACGACCGCCUCGGCGACCAGUGGGCCUCCACGCUGCUGGCCUUCAUCGGCCUCGCGUGCUGCGCGAUCCCCUUCCUCUUCUGGGUGUACGGUGCACGAAUCAGACAGCGCAGCAAGUACGCUUACUCUGGUGACGACGAGGACGAGGCGGCUGCGAGUGGGAGCAGCAGCGAUGUGGAGAAGGUCAAGGCGCCUGCGAACGCGCUAGAGCCCACGAGGACUUUUGAGCCUGCGUAA